AUGGCUGAGGAUGAGAAGAGGGGUUCCUGUGUGGCACAAUGUCCGGUGCUAGCAGCGAGCGCCCUCCUGCCGUGCCCGAUGUCCCAACUGGACUUCCUCAAGGCCUCGCACUUCGCACUGGGGCCGGACUCCCGGCUGCACCGGGGCGCCAUGCAGUCCACGAUGCACCGGGACUUCCCGGCCCACCCGAGCCCCACCCCGAAGCAGCCGAGGGCGCCGCCUCCACUCUCGGCGCUCUUCCAACACAACGCGAGCCGGGCGGGACGGCAGCAGGUGUCGGAGAUGCACCGCGAGUUCACGCCACGGGACGUGAAGCCUCCGGAGGAGACGCGGGAGCGCACGCUCUCCAGGCAGUCCAGCAACCUGCGCAUGCACGCGGACGAGCGCACCGGCGUCAGCUUCUCCAACGCGCGCGCCGCCUACGGCUGGCCCGAGCAGCCCGCGCACGCCCGCGAGCUGAUACGCGGCGCGCGCCUCAUCUUCGACCGCGACUCGCUGCCGCAGGGAGACCGAGACCAGCUGCGCGUCCCGCCCACCACGCAUCAGGAGCUCUACCCGCCUCACGACGCGUGCCCGCCGCCGCGCGCGCCUUGCUACCACCUCGGUGGUCCCAACACCCUCAAGUGGGGCUACAAGAAACAACAAGGGACCUCCUACCGGAGAGAGUUCCAGGCCCUGCCGGGCUCACCUGCCUUAAUGUGUAGGAGGGCCUCCUCCUCUGUGCAACUGGGAGACUGCAGGCUGGGCUAUGGGCUCAUGUUUUCAGACCUGAAACAGACCCAUAGGCCCCAGGGGCUGCCCCCAGACAGGUAUGACAAGGCUCAGGCCGCCACUCACAUCCACCAUGUGAAUAUUCGUCCUGGAGACGGCCUCUUCCACGACAGGACCACCAUGACCGACCACUUCUACGCCCGGGAGCCAGAGCCUUUUGUUCUUCAUGGGGAUCAGACUCCGAAGUCCCACAUCCUGAAAGGAAAUUGGCCCCCGGGCCCCGGCAGCCUCAGCACCUCCAUGCAGUUCUUCCACGGCCAGGUACCACCAAGCACCCAACCACCUGGCCGCCACAUGACCCAUGAGAAUUUGAAGUGCCACGUGAUCCUAGGAGAGGAGAAGCUGCUGGGACACUUUUUCCAGACCACCACGGGCUCCCAUUACUGCCCCCAGCAUGUGGAGGGGUCACAGAAGAUACCCAGCCUCCAAUUGACACAGAGCAACCUACCCAAGGGCACCUGUGAGUUCGAUUUUCUAACCAUGAACCAGAAGAUGCUGAAGCCGCACGGAACAGCUAAAGCCCUGGUGACCAAAGAGUUGUUACAGAAGUGCAAAUACAGCCACCUGGAGCCCCCGCUGGGUGGACAGCGCUUCCUCUCAACCAACUACCAGGUUGACUUUCCUUUCAAGUACCAAGGCUCAGUAGUACUGAAGACGAUGAAUUUCCAGGAAAGCCACAUGCCCCUGGGCACACCUCGCCAGCUGGGCUGCAGGCGCAGGAAGGUAGAUCCUCAGGCCCCACAGAUGCCUAUGUACCCAUGCCCCAGCCAGUAG